AUGUGUGUUGAUUUCACCGAUCUCAAUAAAGCAUGCCCCAAAGAUUCCUACCAUUUGCCUUCUAUUGAUUGCUUAAUUGAUAAUGCAUCUGGUUUUGAAAAACUCAGCUUUAUGGAUGCAUAUUCUGGUUAUAACCAGAUCCAAAUGCAUCCAUCCGACCAAAAUAAGACAGCCUUUAUUACUGAAUAUGGAAACUAUUGUUAUAAAGUCAUGCCAUUUGGCCUUAAGAAUGCAGGUGCGACAUAUCAACGUCUCAUGGACAAAGUCUUCGCCAAACAAAUCGGCAGAAACAUUGAGGUCUACGUUGACGAUAUGGUCGCCAAGGCAAAAACUGGCAACAAUCACCUUGAUGACCUCGCCGAAAUCUUCGGACAACUAAGAACAUACAACAUGCGGCUAAACCCCGAGAAGUGUACAUUUGGGGUCCAGAGUGGCAAAUUUCUCGGCUUCCUGCUCACUAGCCGAGAAUUUGAUAUCAAAUACGAAGGGCGAACAUCUAUCAAAUCCCAAUUCUUAGCCGACUUCAUCGCUGAAUUCUCAGUAUCAGACACAGCCGAGGACUACAUCGAAUGGUCCUUAUACGUCGACGGCUCCUCCAACCCACAAGGAUGUGGAGCAGGUAUCAUACUUGAUGAUGCCCACGGCAAUGUCAUCGAGCAUUCCCUCCAUUUCUCAUUCAAAGCGAGCAAUAACCAAAGUGAAUAUGAAGCCUUAAUUGCCGGCCUUAGACUCGCUGCCGACCUAAACAUUACCGAACUUAAGGUAUACUGCGACUUUUUACUCAUCGUCCAGCAGCACAUACCCAGGGAGAGUAAUGGUCGAGCUGAUAUUCUGUCUAAACUAGCCAGUACUCAACCAAACAGGUCAUCCCUUUACCAAUCUAUAUUGCUUAAGCCAAGCAUUGAGCUUACAGAAAUCAUAAGUGUUACACAGGAAGCAGACUGGAGAUCUCCAUACAUGGACUAUCUUCAGACAGGAAACUUACCAGGCAAUGUCGAAAAUAUCCACCACUUUCGCCGACAAGCCUCCUAUUUCAUAGUUUAUAAUAACUGCCUAUAUAGACGAGGAUUUUCUCGUCCAUUACUAAAAUGUCUUUGCAGAACAAAAGCCGAGCUUGCACUUGCCAAGGCACAUGAAGGGAUCUAUGAUAUCCUCGGCCCUUUCCCCACGGUAGCAGGACAGGUAAAAUUCCUCGUAGCAAUUGAUUAUUUUUCCAAAUGGAUAGAGGCACAUCCUCUAGCCAAGAUUACAUCACAACAAAUGCUUUCUUUUAUCUGGAAAUAUAUUAUCUGUCGAUUCGACAUUCCUCGGCACAUUAUCACAGAUAAUGGUCGCCAGUUUGCCGACCAAAAAUUCACAUCCUUCUUGCAGGACUUGAAAAUCAAACAACACUUUUCCUCAGUAGAGCACCCGCAAACAAACGGGUUAGCUGAAGCUGCAAAUAAAGUAAUACUACAUGCUCUAAGAAAGAAACUAGAUGAGGCAAAAGGCCUCUGGGCCGAGCUUAUCCCAGAGAUCAUAUGGGGAUAUAACACCGUUGUCCACUCAACAACAAAGGAGACACCCUUUCGGCUAGUCUACGGAUCUGAUGCCAUGAUACCCGUGGAGAUCUCCCAAUCCUCACUACGCAUUGAAUUUGCCGACCAGACUACAAAAGACACGGCUCGGCGAACUGAACUCGACCUCGCAGAAGAAGUAAGAUCAUUAACAGCAGUCAAACAUUUGGCUAUGCAACAACACAUAGCUCGAAGAUAUAACAAGAGACUUCAACCAAGGUCUUUCCAAGUCCACGACCUUGUCCUCAGAAAAACAGAACAAGCUAGGAAACCAUUAGCACAUGGCAAAUUAUCAGCUAACUGGGAGGGCCCUUACCGAGUCACAGAAGUCAUCGGAAAUGGAGCCUACCGACUACAAACCUUAGAGGGUAAAGAUCUCCCUAAUACUUGCAAUGUAUCUUCCUUAAAGUUAUAUAACAGUUAA